CCUCCCACCCCUACCCCCUUGCCUUAAGAGCCCGGUGCAGCAGGUUGCAUGCUGUUGGAGGAAGGGAGCUGCGAGGAGGCUGUGUCACCCACCCACCCCGCCCCCGUGAGCCCUGGGCAGCCGGUGGCAUGUUUGUGGCGCUCUCCUCCUGGGCCAAGGGAGACUGCACUUGGGGAGCCCCUUUGAGCGUCCCCGUGGGGGUGUCUUCUGGUUGCAUAGGUCUUGCUUUAGUACCUUGAGCAUCCACUGUGCAAACAGACUUAGCUUUAAAAAAAAGAAAUUUAGUUCAGCAGCAUGGGGGGUUGGCGCUUGGAGGCUGCUUUGUCUUGCAAAUUCUUGGUCUUGUGUUUUCCUCAUCAGGGAGGCCAACUUGGACGUGAGCGGGGGCUUAGAGUCGGAAUCGGCGAAUGGCAAAGACACACUAGAGGCUGCCGGGGAUCCCUCCGAGGUGAUGGAUACCCAGGCGGGCUCCGUGGACGAGGAGAACUGCCGGCAGCUGGGAGAGGUGGAGCUCCAGUGUGGGAUCUGCAGCAAGUGGUUCACGGCUGACACCUUCGGCAUCGACACUUCAUCCUGUCUGCCUUUCAUGACCAACUACAGUUUUCAUUGCAAUGUUUGCCAUCACAGUGGGAAUACCUAUUUCCUCCGGAAACAAGCAAACUUGAAGGAAAUGUGCCUUAGCGCUUUGGCCAACCUCACCUGGCAGUCCCGAACACAGGAUGAGCACCCAAAAACUAUGUUCUCCAAAGAUAAGGAUAUUAUACCAUUUAUUGAUAAAUACUGGGAGUGCAUGACAACCAGACAGAGACCUGGGAAAAUGACUUGGCCCAAUAACAUUGUGAAGACCAUGAGUAAAGAAAGAGAUGUGUUUCUGGUAAAAGAACACCCUGACCCGGGGAGUAAGGACCCUGAAGAAGAUUACCCCAAAUUUGGGCUUUUGGAUCAGGAUCUUAGUAACAUUGGCCCGGCCUAUGACAACCAGAAGCAAAGCAGCGCUGUGUCCGCCAGCGGGAACCUGAACGGGGGCAUCGCAGCGGGCAGCAGCGGAAAAGGACGAGGAGCUAAGCGCAAACAGCAGGAUGGAGGCACCACUGGGACCACCAAGAAGGCCCGCAGUGACCCUUUGUUUUCUGCUCAGCGCCUUCCCCCCCACGGCUAUCCCUUGGAGCACCCGUUUAAUAAAGAUGGUUAUCGGUACAUCUUAGCUGAGCCUGACCCCCACGCCCCUGACCCCGAGAAGCUUGAACUUGACUGCUGGGCAGGAAAGCCUAUUCCUGGAGACCUCUAUAGAGCCUGCUUGUAUGAGCGAGUUUUGUUAGCCCUCCAUGAUCGAGCUCCCCAGUUGAAGAUCUCUGAUGACCGGCUGACUGUGGUUGGAGAGAAGGGCUACUCCAUGGUGCGAGCCUCUCACGGAGUGCGGAAGGGCGCCUGGUACUUCGAAAUCACUGUGGAUGAGAUGCCGCCCGACACUGCUUCCAGGCUGGGUUGGUCUCAGCCGCUAGGCAACCUUCAGGCUCCCUUAGGUUAUGAUAAAUUCAGCUAUUCUUGGCGAAGCAAAAAGGGAACCAAGUUCCAUCAGUCCAUCGGCAAACACUACUCCUCGGGCUACGGACAGGGGGAUGUGCUGGGGUUUUAUAUCAACCUUCCCGAAGACACGGACACAGCCAAGUCAUUGCCCGACACGUACAAAGAUAAGGCUUUGAUCAAGUUCAAGAGUUACUUGUAUUUUGAGGAAAAAGACUUCGUGGAUAAAGCCGAGAAGAGCCUGAAGCAGACCCCCCACAGUGAGGUUUCCAUUAACUUUGGGCCGUGCUUCAAGUAUCCUCCGAAAGAUCUGGCGUACCGCCCCAUGAGCGACAUGGGCUGGGGCGCCGUGGUGGAGCACACCUUGGCUGAUGUCCUGUAUCAUGUGGAGACCGAAGUGGAUGGGAGGCGGAGCCCCCCGUGGGAACCCUGAGCAGCCCUCCUUGCUGCCAGACGGGGACUCUGCAGAGCUGGCUGCGUGGGCCUGCGGGGGAUGGCCUUAACCUCCUCCCCCUCCGGUGACCACUCCUCCUGUGCGUGCCAGAAGCCAGCAGCCGCCAGCCCCAAGAUCUGGUAAGCUCCCUGUGGACCUGGUGCCGGGCCGCCCCAUGCCUGCCGGGCCCUCUCACAUCACCUGUUUGUUGAGAUGUGAACGGCCCACCCAGGCAGCUCGCUGACUUGAAGCCAUGUCUUGUGUGGACAUUGCCUCCAUCCCACCUGGUUUUGGGCUCGGGCCGAGGACCUGUUUCUGAGGACAGCCGAAAGCAGUGGCCAUGACCUCCAUGCCCAUCUAGAAGCUGUUCCCUCGUGGUGUACAUUGGGUUUCGGGAUUAAUUGAAAUCCAAGCCUCUGGAACUACCAGGUGUCUAGUACUGUAACUGGGAAAGGCCCUCAUCGGCAGCUUGAACACAGUACCCUUCCCUAAUAAACUCGUUCUCAUGUCUGUACAGCGCCUGGGUCCCCUGCAGGUCCCUUGCUCUGUGGCCACAGGGUCGCAAGUGUGGGCAGCAUGAGCUAGGAGUCACAGGCCUCAGCCUGAGUUUCAGUCCCUCUGCCACCUGUGUCCCUGCCCCGCCUCCCCUCUCCUUUGGCCAAGUCAGAUACCCCUUCUGCCCUGUGAAAGUUGCCAUCUGAAGAAGCCGAGCAAAAAUUCCCAAGGGCUAGCAGCCUCCCCUCUGCUUUUCAAACAAAGGCAUUGCAAUGUGCAGGAUCUUGCCCUACCUUGUGUAUCUUCCUCUCUCACAGCUGACAGCUGAUGGGCAGCAUUCAGACUUCUAACAUGCAGGGGUGUAAGGAUGGCCCCCCAUGGGGCUUUGUGCAGUUUCCCCAGCCCUUCUUAGACACUCUGGCCCGGGGUGUUCUGCCCCCAGGAGCUCCCUGGUGGGUUCCUCUCAUUGGCCUGACUGUAUCCUUUAGCAGUGACUGGCACACUGGCCUCUACCCACUGGGUCUCCUAGCAGGAAGCCCACACAGUGGGUCUCCGCCCGCUAUCCGCUGCCCCUUGCAUCUUGGAGUUGGUGUGAGCCAGCCCUGAAGGGCAUACCUUGGUGUGGGAGGUUGUUAACUGAUCACAGUUGGAAGGACUCCAAGAACAUGAGGCUGGUGAUGUUCAGUGAAGCCAGGGGAACCGUCUGUCCUGUGAGCAUACCCGUUCCACCCAAGUUGCAGAAUUGGGUUUGUGUGCAAUUAGCUUUCAUUAACUGGAGGUCACAGAAUGAUGUUUUUGUUUAAAAAAAAAAAAAGAAAGAAAGAGAGGGAGUGUGUUUGCUUUUGAGGUUUAUCUGAGGGACUCAGCAAGGGCCUGUCCACCCCAUCUGCUCUCCCACAUGAAACGGCUUCUGUAAUCCAGUCAGCGCUGACAAGACUCUCAAUCUCUUGAAAAAGUACUCAAGUGGGGAAAUCUCCACAAACGCCAAAGACCCCGGCACACAGACAAAUGAGAAGGCAGCCCACAGCCUGGUGUUGUCGGAAGCCCUUUUAUUCACGCAGCCUGUUCUGGGGAAGCCAGAGCCGGUGUAAGCAGCCGGCCUCUUCCCUCUGCCCGUGGCCACAAGCUCUAAACUCUGUGACAACCUCCCUCUCCCUCGGAAGCUUCUGGAUCAACUGUUACAUUAGCCAUUACCAAAAAGAAACAAACAGAAUAAGUUAUGAUAAAUAGCUGUGUGACUUGUACAAUUUUAGGACCUUAAUAAAUACCAGUGUUUCCAGCACUA